CAAAAAAAACCACCCUGACGUUCCUCUGGUCUCGGCACCAAACGCACCACCGACCGCAGCAGAGCGAGACUGUCGGUCGGUAAAGUGCAGCCGUUAACGCCACGUCGACUAAAACAAACAAACUAAAACCAAAACAGUUGUUUCUCUUUCUUUUGCUUUGUCGCUCUGAACCGGAGUUGUUGUUUUUUUUUUCCUGCCGUGAACCAUGCUGGACCCGUCCUCCAGCGAAGACACCGGCGGGGAGUCCGACCCAGAAGUUGUCCAGGAGCCUGCGCGGAAACCGGCCGGCUCUUCUGCGGGGAAACGGGGCAACAACAACAGCCGGGCGGGCGGCCAGCAGCAGCAGCAGCGGCAGUCCGCCGCACCUGGAGGCGCCCCCGGUAAAGCCGCUAAAGACGCCACAGGUGAAGAGGAGGAGGAGAGGAAGGAGCGCGAGCGGAUCCAGAAGGAGGAAGAGGAGAGGAAAAUUAAACUGCAGAUUUAUGUGUUCGUCCUCCGGUGCAUCGCUUACCCGUUCAACGCCAAGCAGCCCACCGACAUGGCCCGGCGGCAGCAGAAGGUGAACAAGCAGCAGCUGCAGGCGGUGAAGGACCGUUUUCUGGCCUUCCUAAACGGGGAAACUCAGAUUGUGGCGGACGAAGCUUUCUGCAACGCUGUGAGGAGCUACUAUGAGGGCUUCCUGAAGAGCGAGCGGGUGUCCCGGAUGGUUCAGAGCGGCGGCUGCUCGGCCAACGACUUCCGCGACGUCUUCAAGAAGAACAUCGAGCGUCGCGUCCGGAGCCUCCCGGAGAUCGACGGCCUGAGCAAAGAGACGGUGCUGAGCUCCUGGAUCGCCAAGUACGACGCCAUCUACAGGGGGGACGAGGACAUGCGGCGUCAGCCACAGCGGGCGCAUCUGAGCGCCGUGUCGGAGCUCAUCCUCAGCAAGGAGCAGCUGUACGAGAUGUUCCAGCAGAUCCUCAGCAUCCGCAAGUUUGAGCACCAGUUGUUGUACAACGCCUGCCAGCUGGACAACGUGGACGAGCAGGCGGCUCAGAUCCGCAGAGAGCUGGAUGGAAGGUUACAGCUGGCCGACAAGAUCGCCAGGGAGAGGAGAUACCCAAAGUUCGUCUCUGCUGACAUGGAGGCUCUUUACGUGGAGGAGCUGCGAUCGUCAGUCAACCUGCUGAUGGCGAACCUGGAGAGUCUGCCGGUGUCCAAAGGAGGUCCGGACUUCAAACAGAAGCUCAAACGCUCCUCAAUGAACAACUCCUUCCUGGACAUGGGAGACGAGGGAGACGUCCUGUCCAAGUCUGAUGUGGUUUUGUCCUUCACACUAGAGAUUGUGAUUGUGGAGGUUCAGGGACUGAAGUCAGUGGCUCCAAACCGGAUUGUUUACUGCACCAUGGAGGUGGACGGAGGAGAGAAGCUGCAGACGGACCAGGCUGAAGCCUCCAGACCACAGUGGGGGACUCAGGGGGAUUUCACCACCACUCACCCUCUGCCGUCUGUCAAAGUGAAGCUGUUCACAGAGAGCACGGGGGUCCUGGCUCUGGAGGACAAGGAGCUGGGCCGGGUGGUUCUGAACCCGACCACUAACGGGCCGAAGCAGGCCGAGUUCCACCGGAUGGUCGUCCCCAAGAACAGCCAGGACACGGAGCUGAAGAUCAAACUGGCCGUCCGUAUGGACAAACCUCCCAACAUGAAGCACAGCGGGUAUCUUUACGCUCUGGGACAGAGAGUCUGGAAACGCUGGAAAAAAAGAUAUUUUGUUCUCGUUCAGGUGAGUCAGUACACGUUCGCCAUGUGCAGCUACAGAGAGAAGAAGGCUGAACCUCAGGAGCUGAUGCAGCUGGAGGGCUACACGGUGGACUACUGCGACCCCCAGCCAGGCCUGCAGGGCGGUCGGGUGUUUUUUAACGCGGUGAAGGAGGGCGACCUGGUGAUGUUUGCCUGUGAUGACGAGCAGGACCGGGUGUUGUGGGUCCAGGCCAUGUACCGAGCCACCGGACAGUCCUACAAACCGGUCCCGCCGCCGCAGAACAAAACCACAAACUGCAGAGGAGGAAACCAGAAACCAGCAUCUCCCAUCAGUCUGGAUCCGUCUCAGCGUCAGGGCGUGGAGGAGCUGAUCUCCGCGGCUCCAUGUCGUUUCGACCACGCCGCUCUGUUCACCAUCUUACAGAAACACACUCUGCAGCACCGCAUGAACGACUCCUUCUCCUGCCUGGGUUGGUUCAGUCCCGGUCAGGUGUUCGUCCUGGAUGAGUACUGCGCUCGGUUCGGCGUCCGAGGCUGCCACCGUCACCUGAGCUACCUGAAAGAUCUGAUGGAUUAUUCGGAGAACAACGUGCUGGUCGACCCGACGCUGCUACAUUACAGCUACGCCUUCUGCGCCUCCCACGUCCACGGAAACAGGCCUGAUGGGAUGGGGACGGUGACCGCGGAGGAGAAAGAGCAGUUCGAAGCCAUCAGGAGUGGCCUCAUAUCUCUGCUGGAGAACCAGAUCACACAUUUUAGGUACUGCUUUCCCUUCGGACGACCAGAUGGGGCCCUGAAGGCGACGCUCUCCCUGCAGGAACGGGUUUUGAUGAAGGACAUCACCACUCCUGUUCCUCCUGAGGAGAUGAAGAAACUGGUGCAGAGGUGUCUGGAGAAAGCAGCUCAGAUCAACUACAGUCAGCUGAUGGAAUACGCUCAGAUCAAAGCGGACGCUCAGGCAGCUCCGGAGAAGAAACUGGAGGACAUGAUGCGACUGGGAGAGCUCUGCAUCGAAGUCCUGCAGCAGAACGAAGAGCAUCACUCAGAGGGAAGAGAGGCUUUCUCGUGGUGGCCGGAGCUGAUGGCCGAACACGCCGAGACGUUUCUGUCUCUGUACAGAGCCGACAUGGACGCCGCUCUGCAGGUCCAGCCUGUCGACUCCUGGGACAGCUUCCCGCUAUUCCAGCUCCUCAACAACUUCCUGCGAACCGACCCUCACCUGUGCAACGGGACGUUCCAUAAACACCUGCAGGACCUGUUCGUCCCCCUGGUGGUCCGUUACAUCGACCUGAUGGAGUCGUCCAUCGCCCAGUCCAUCCACCGCGGCUUCGAGCAGGAGACGUGGACCUCCGUCAAGUCGUUAACUAACAAUCUAGCGAGCGUUCCUCUUCCUAAAGUCCCCAGCCUCCCCCUUACGCUGCCGCAGAUGCCCAGCUUCUCGGCGCCCGCUUGGAUGGGACCGCUGUGCGAGAACACUAACGGCUCCGCCACCUCAGAGGAUUUGUUCUGGAAGCUGGACGCUCUGCAGAUGUUCGUGCUGGACCUCCACUGGCCAGAGCCCGAGUUCGCCAAACAUCUGGAGCAAAGACUUAAACUGAUGGCCAGCGACAUGAUGGAGGCCUGCGUCAAGAGAACAAAAUCUGCAUUUGAUGCCAAAAUGCAGAAAGCGAAUAAGUCAACAGACUUCCGGGUUCCUCUGUCGGUCUGCACCAUGUUCAACGUGCUGAUGGACGCCAAGAAGCAGUGCUCCAAACUCUGCGUGCUGGACACCGGCCAGGAGAUUGACAAACAAUGGCAACAGUACCACUCCAAAAUCGAUGUCCUGAUUGACGAGGCGUUCAAAGAAAUGGUUUCCUCCCUCGUCUCAAAGUUCGCCGCUGUUUUAGACGGCGUCCUCUCCAAACUCUCGAGAUACGAUGAAGGGACAUUCUUCUCUUCAAUCCUCUCUUUCACAGUGAAAGCAGCUGCCAAAUAUGUGGAAGUCCCUAAACCGGGGAUGGAUCUGGCCGACACCUACAUCACCUUCGUACGACAGAACCAGGACAUCCUCCGAGACCGUGUCAACGACGAGCUCUACAUCGAGAAGGUGUUUGAUCAAUGGUACACCGGCUCCAUGAAGUCGGUGUGUGUUUGGCUGACGGACAGACUGGACCUGCAGCUGCACAUGUACCAGCUGAAAACACUCAUCAAGAUUGUGAAGAAGACCUACCGCGACUUCAGGCUGCAGGGCGUCCUGGACGUCACACUGAACAACAAGAGCUACGAGACCAUCUACAACCGGCUGACGGUGGAGGAAGCCACGGCGGCCGUCAAAGCGGGCGACGGCCUGCAGGGCAUCAGCAUGAGAGACAGCGACGAGGAGGACGACUGAACACACACACACACACACACACACACACACACACACAUCCUCCCCUCACACACACACCCUGUUACUGCUUGAUUAUCAACCUCUCUAAAAAAAAAAAACCAAGACCUCCCAUCACAGUUAAUGAUAUGUGUCCUCGACUGAACUCUACUGCACUCACUAAAAACUAAAACUAAAGCUGAAACUACAGUCAACAAUGAGUGUGAUUUUAUAAUAAGAUUGCUGAACAUAUUAAGGAACAGAUUGGCUGCUGCUGCUGCUGCUGUUUUCGACAACAGGACGAGUAAUGCUAACGCUAGCUAGCGUGCCAUGUUGUGAAUGUGUUUUCUCUGCUGAUCUUCACUCAGUCUUAAUUCAAUAAAAAGUGAAACUGGGACUAUAAAACUGAAACUUAAAUCAAAAUAAAUGAACGGAAAGAGGAUAAAACAGCCGUGUGAUAUUAUUAACUAACAGCAGGGACAGCGAGUCAACAACCGUUACCUCACUCAUCAUCUACUGAUUCUUCACUCAAUCAUAAAUAUCUAGAUAUAAACUAAAGCUACUAAUAUACUACUACUACUAAUAUAAUAUUAACUAAUAUACUUUAAUAAUAUGACUGGAGAAAAUCAACAGAAAUAGAUACCUGGCAGCUUCAACAACAGGACGAAGUUAUGCUAAUGCUAACGUUAGCUAGCAACAGUGGUGGAAGAAGUACUCGGAUGCUUUACUCAAAGUCCCCUCCGCUCAAAAAUCAGUUCUUCAUGUUUUUAAGCUUCACUGUGCAGAGUUUGUUUUCACAUCCAUCUGCUGAAAGGAGGAAAGUUUCUCUGCGUUUACUGAAAAUCCAAUUUUAAGUUGCUAACGAGUGUGAUGUGUGACAUCACAACUAGUUUGGAGCUAAUCGUGGUCAAAUGUUCAACGUACACAAGUGUGAUGUGGAAACUUGAAGCCUCCAGAGCACAGAGUAGAUAUAAUUUUAAGGAUUUAAACAAGA